GGUUUAAAUAUAUAUUGUUCAUCUGUGUUUACCACCCGACAGAAGAUAAGCAAGUGUGUUAAGAAAUUUAUCUUUAAAUUGGAUUCCGAGCGGUUUGUCUUUUUCGCUGAAGUACAGUAAUAAUUAAAACUUUAUCUUUUGUACGAGAAGUGGAAAUUGUAUGUAAAGUCGCGAUUAAUUUAUUUUCGAACAGGGGUACGUCGAUUUCAUAAAUUGCAUAUUGCAUGACGUUCGUUUCGGUCGUCAUUGUCCAAAAAUAUCAAAGAAUUUUGUCGUGUGAAGAUCGAUCAAUGUGCAAUCGUAAAAACUAAACUGUUUCAAUACAAAAUUGUAUUUGACAUCGUUAUAAUGGAUAAAACAAUAUCGAUAGGCGAAGGGUGGGAGCUUCCACCUCUUCGUAGCUUGUACGAUUUUCUUUUGGAAUCUUCACGUUUUCAACUGCCUAAUUUUAGAGAUUUCGAAAAAUGGGGCAAUAGAGUAGUGAACAAUCUUGUAUAUUAUCAAACUAAUUAUCUUUAUAUGUGCAUUGCUAUUUUACUGGUUGUAGCAUCAGUAAAUCCAAUGAAAAUGAUUGUUGGUAUAUCAACAGUUAUGGCAGUAUGGGGUGAAUGUAUUUAUUUAUUUAAUGAAAGAGAAUCAUUGCUCAAAUUUAAAAGAACUUAUCCUCAAGUUGGAGUAAUUCUUACUAUUGUUUGUGCAUCUUAUGCUAUUUACACUAUAAAUUCGGUACUUUUUGUAUUAUUUGGGAUUCUGCUGUCAAUUUGUGUGACUUUUAUACAUGCAUCUUUAAGAUUAAGAAACGUGAAGAAUAAGCUUGCUAAUAAGAUAGAGGGUAUGGGAUUCAAGCGUACACCAAUGGGAGUUGUUUUAAAUUAUUUUGAUAUACUCACCUAAUAGAUCACUAUAUUUUUGUUAUAAAUACUGUAUUUGCUGGAAAUAAAAUUGUAUCUGAUAAAUGUGUUUGUGGAGAAUAUGCUCCAAUAUUUGUUUUCGGAAAUGGCACUAAAUAA